AUGAUGAGUAGAGAGCAAGUUUCGGUGGCGUUCACGCCAACUCGAGUCAAUAUCGAUAAGUAUUUGGAGAGAUUGAUGAAUAUUGGAAAAUUGGGAACAGGAUUCACUUCGACAAUUGAAGAAUCUGAAAUCUCGGACCUCGUUGGUGAAUGUCUCCAAUCCUUCCAACACUUCACUAAAAUGUUUGAAAUGAUGCCGUUGACUGCUCUAGUUGGAAAACGGAUUCUUUGUAUGCACGGAGGGUUGUCGGCUGAUUUGAUGAACGCACCGAAAUUGGAUAUUCUCAACACUUUUGCUCGUCCAUUGCAUGAUCCACCAAAUCCAUCACUUGCCAUUGAUAUUUUGUGGUCGGAUCCGGAUGUGAAUACGAAGGGAUUUAAAGCAAAUAUCAGGGGAUGCAGUUGCACUUUUGGACCAGACGUUGUUGCUCAAACUUGCGAUAAGUUUGGCCUCGACCUGAUUGUUCGUGCCCAUCAAGUGGUCCAGGAUGGAUAUGAGUUUUUCGCCAAUCGAAAACUUGUGACCCUAUUCUCAGCUCCCCACUACUGUGGACAGUUUGAUAAUGCCACUGCGGUUAUGCAAGUCAACCCAAAUAUGGUUUGCUCGUUUAAGAUUCUCCGCCCAGAAUUUCCUGGAAGAGCAGCUCCAUCCCAUCAGAAGUCCGCCACUACAAUCCUUCUUCCACCCACCAUCUAG